GGUUCAGCAGUGAAGUUUCAGUGAAUUAUCUACCAUGUUCGGAUUAUACACAAUAUUUUCGUGCCUUAUUGCCUUCACCUUUGCUGGCAGUAAGUCGAUAGUGUUGUUGAGUGGUCAUGGAGGAGAUUUUGGUGGAGAUUCAGGAAAAUAUUCUUCAGGCGCCGAACUUACCAGCUUAGCUCACAGCUCAGCGAUUCAAGCUAAAACUGCUAUCCAAAAUCAACACACUGCCGGCAGUCAAGCUUCAUUUGGAGCCCAAAGCAAUUUGGCUCAAAUAGCUUUAGGCGCCGCUUCCACUGCUCAAGCCGCUCUGGUGGGUAAACAAGCCAUCGUACAAGGUUUAAAGAAGCAACUCAUCGAUGCUCAGUCCCAACUUCAAGCCGAAAUUGCUCAGUACGAACAAACUCAACAUGCCGCCGACGCAGCGAAUGAAGCCGCAGCCCAAGCCCAAGAUCAACUCAACACCAUCACCGCCGCCGUAGCUGCGGCUCAAGGUAGCGCUCAACAUGCACAAGAGGCCGCUGCCGCUUCUGCCAACGCCGCUGCUUCUCAACAUCACAUGGUAUUGGAAGCUAAACAGAGAGUGGCUCAUCUGACCGAAGAACUAAACUCAGCUUUGGGUCAACUGGCUUCCACCGAAGCUGCCGCUCAAAAGGCUCUUUCGGCCGCUCACGUUGCGCAGUCCAAUGCGGCAGCUGCUGGUGCCGCAGUCGCUGUAGCGGCCGAGGGCUCUUCAUUAUCUGAUUACGAACAUAAAGAAUGGUAAACUUAUUGCUGUUGAUUUUGAUUCAACUGUGAUACUAGCAUUCUAAUAAACGAUACAAAAAUA